AUGGUUGAAAAUUAUGCGAUAGAAUUGAAAAAAUUGGAAUUAGGUCUUAAUUUACACGAGCAUCAAAUUCUUGGUGUUAAACAUAUCCUUCAAUGGUACAAUGAGGGACACGGUGGAAUUAUUGCCGAUGAAAUGGGCUUAGGUAAAACGUGUCAAGCAGUUAGUGCUAUCGUUUGCUUGCUUAAUGAUAAUAAAACCGGACGGCAUAUGGUUAUUUGUCCACUUUCGGUCCUCCAACAUUGGCAAAAUGAACUGUCCAGAUUUGGACUUGGGAAACUUCGAAUUCUAACAUAUAUUGGAAACAGUGAUGCACGGAGAGUGAUUCGGGAAAAGUUGCAAAACUCCAAAGAUUGGAAUGUUUUAAUUACAACCUAUGAAAUGGUGAUAAAUGAUGAGCAGUAUUUCCAUUGGUCGUGGUCAUCAUUAUUUAUCGAUGAAGCACAUCGUUUAAAAUCAAGCAAAUCUAUUCUUCAUCAAAUUGUUCGCAAGAUGUCUGUGGAAUUUAUGGUAUUAAUGACGGGAACACCUGUGCAAAAUAAUAUUAAUGAACUUUAUUCAUUACUCUCUUUGAUUGAUACGAACAGGUUUCCGCUUCUUGACGAACAGCAAUUUGUUGCGAAAUAUCGCAACACAUAUGACACUGUUGCGGAACUUCAGCAUAUGCUUUCCAAAUAUCUUAUUCGUCGAACAAAGCAGAUGUUACGUAUCAAAAUUCCGGAUAGUUCAGAAGUUUUAUUAUACCAUGGAAUAACUGAAAUGCAAAAGAAUAUAUAUCGUGCAAUAUUGAGGAAAAAUUAUCAAUAUUUUAAGAAUGUGGAUGAUAAAAAAAGUGAGCACGCUGGCAGCAAAUUAUCAUUGCUUAAUGUGUUGAUGCAAUUACGAAAAUGUGUUGCUCAUCCUUAUCUUUUCGACGGUGUAGAACCGGAACCAUUCAAAGAAGGUGAUCAUUUAUUUGAAGUAAGCGGGAAAUUCGUUUUACUGGAUCGUUUGCUUACAUUUUUGUUCGCAAAAGGCCAUCGUGUACUUAUUUUUUCGCAAAUGACUCAUGUGCUUGAUAUUACACAGGAUUAUUUGGUAUAUAAAGGAUAUAAUUACCAACGCUUGGAUGGAAGUGUAAGAGCCGAGGAGCGGUUUGCCGCAGUAAAUCACUUCCAAACUAAUUCCGACAUAUUCUGUUUCCUUUUGUCAACUCGAGCUGGAGGCCUUGGAUUAAAUCUAACCGGUGGUGAUACGGUGAUUUUCCUGGAUUCGGAUUUCAAUCCACAGAAUGAUAUUCAGGCUGCAGCGAGAUGUCACCGAAUCGGACAGACGAAACCAGUGAAAAUAAUACGUUUGGUUGCGCGUUACACGGUGGAAGAUAUGAUACAGUGUCGUGCAGCUCGGAAACUUAAAAUGACUCAAGAGAUUUUGGAAAAAAACAAUGAUGACAGAAAAGAAUUAACAUUUGCGGAAAUUUCCGACUUGAUAAUAAAAGGUUUGAAUCGAUUGAGUAAUGAGAAAAUUGAUUCCGAAGAAUUAAAUAUGGAAGCGAUUGAAAAAUUGAUUGGUAGAACCGAUGAAAAUGGUCACUGGAUUUAUGAUGGAGAAGAACAGGAUUCCAAAAAACGAGAAUCUGUGAAGAAAGAAAGCGAUAUACCGGAAAAUAUAUACAUCUUUGAAGGACAUGAUUAUAAACAAGAUGUUGCAGUUCUGCAGGAUAUUUUAAGUGAAUCGAAAACCAUGGAACUAGUGAAAAAUACGUCGGUUAAAGAGUCUCUACCUAUUGAAAGACGAACACGGAAGCCAAUAUCGAAAGAAGAAAAUGAGAAAAGAGUCAAAAAACGAAAAGAAACAUUAGAGCGGAAGAAAAGGUUGAGAGAAGAGGAAAUUGAGCGGAAAAGAAAAGAACAAGAAGCAAGAAAAGCAAUGAAAUGGCUCAAAAAUAAUUACAAAAGUAGCUCUUUACCACUUCAAGAAAUGCAUGACAUUCAACAUGGUGAUAGUAGCACAGAUUUUGGACCUCAUUUCGUCUACGGUAGUGUUACAGAUACACUUAUAGCUCCCAAUGACAAUUCAAAUCAUGCGCUUAUCGUUCAUGUUGUGGAUGAUAGCGGCUUGUUUGGUCAUGGCGGUGUUUUUGAUGUUCUAAGAAGAAAGAGCCAACAAAUAGUAGAUAGGUACGAACUAGCAGGGAAGAUGGAUGAUUUGCAUGUUGGUGAUGCACAUCUUGUUGAGGAUAUUGCUGAUGACUUGCCUGUAACUCUUCGCAAGCAUGAAUGUGAACGAUCAAGGAAUAAUAUCGAUAUUGAUGAAGCUGAGCAAUCCACAUCUAAAACUUUUCCUCCUCGGAGGAAACUUUCUGUAGUCCUACUAGUAGCACAAGAUCAUCGUAGAAGAGGUAUAAUUGACCAAGAUAUUCUGACAAAAUGUCUCAAAAAACUCGCAUUUUAUGCGGUGAACUCGAAUAUCUUAAGUGUUCAUAUGCCACGAAUUGGUUAUGAUAAGCAAAAUAUUAGUUGGUAUGCAGUCGAGCGACUUAUUAAUCGCAUUCUUGUUUCUAAAGGCAUUCACACUUACAUUUACUAUUUUAACCGGAGAGUGAACAAUACAACUGGUAGAAACAUAAACAAAGCUCCAAAAAAGAAGCAGAAAUUUUUACCGCUGAAAAAAGGCAGGAUGAAUGAUAAAGCUGGAAGUGACUUUGAAGAAAUGAAAGGAGAAGAUAUGGAACAAGCAGAAAAAUAG